GAGAGCCAGGCAAAAUGAAAAAGUAACAAAUUAAAGAAAAUUACCCUCGUGAGCGCUAUGUUAUAGUUUGUGUUUAAAGAUUUUUAUUGUAAAUUUUAUGAAUAAACAUACUAGCUUCAGUUGCCGUGUUAAUAUUUGCGAAUUUGCCAUGAAUCGAAAUGGCUCGUCCUGACAGUGAUUAGGUUCAAAAAGAAAACAAAGCUUUAAUAGAGCGGCUUAAAAUGUUUUCGAAGUCCAUAACUACAAAGGAUUCGUUCCUGGAGCAGACCAAAGCGGCACGGGAAGAACGGGCUUUAGAAAAGAAGCGAGAACAGUCUGCUAUACAAAUUCAAGCAAUAGUGCGAGGUUGGCUCGCGAGACAUAGAUUCGUGAAGCUAAUUUUAGAUGAAUUUGACCAACUCCUUCCUGAGUCAGUAAGUCAGGGCUCUCAAGAUGAGCCACAACCACCAGAGCUCAUUCAAGCUUUGGAUGUAUACAGAGCGGCAUGCCGCCUGUUCCUCAUAUUUAAACAACAGAGAGAUAAAAAGAGAUUUGAGAAGCUGUGCAAGUAUGUUGUGCAGAGCUUACACUCAGAGUCCGUUAAAAUAUCAUAUGUUGGUGUCUUUUUAAAUAAAGAAUACAGUUUCCGAUGGAUAGCUCACAUAAAAGACAUGUUAUACAAAUGCUGUCAAUACCUAGAAGAACUGAAACCUGAAUCCCCCUUAGACAUGCAGAGUAUACUCAUCCAUCUCCACACAUUGCUGGCUUUCACUGCUACCAACACCUGGGCAUUGACAAGGCUAAAAAACUUUGAGAAGCUUAGGGGAGGCAUGACACAGCUUUGUGCCAAUGUUAUGGGCUCACUUUUCCAUAGAGGCUAUUAUUUAACUUUGAAGUCGCUUCUACUACGAGGUCUAUGUCGCGAGAAAGUGGGUUUGAAGAAUAUAUCACUUACAGCAAUUGUGACACUUGCACUGAGGCCACUGGUAUCUGCUCAGUUCUCCGAGAAACUACUCACAAUGUACAUCAUUCAGAUAUUGUCUGUACCCACACUAGUCUUCCAUAUGCAGCAGAUAUCACCUGAGUCAAUAGCCGCAUUCAGAUCGCAUGGUAUGUUUGACAAGUGUGUAGAGUUCCUCAGUGCUGAUCAGAACAUGCGAAUAGUAUUCAACACCUUGGAGGGCAACUAUGCGCUAUGUUUACUUGGUAACCUCAUACAACUGGCCUAUUGCGAGCGAGAACAUGCACAACCAAACGCGUACUAUCCGACAUUUGUGUUAGUGGUGAGCCGUUUUCUAGACAGCUGCCAGCAGUACGUAGUUUGUAAAAAGGGUAAUCUUAGCAACUGGCAUCCAAUCCUCGGCUGGUUCGCACAAAGCUUUGAUGCGUACUUACCCCCUACUAUGGGGAAUCUACGGUUCCAACUAUCAUUAUUAUGGGGCACUCCAUUGCUAAAGAAAUUACUGGGGAGCCCAUUGAAGGAUAUGCUAGAAGCAGGGAUUACUGGGGAAGAAGGGGCAGGACCAUCUCAACCCUCAACUCCUGUGCAGAGUAAUAACCCCGCUGCGUUCAUCAGGCGGGCCAUAGAAGCUAGAACUAGUAGGGGGAAUUCUAGCAAAAACUUUAGAAAAUUAGGAUCGCCAGAUUGUACAAAAGUGGCACUUAUUUGUUCCAUGUAUCACACAGCUUUACAAACUAUGUCUCAAGUUAAAUUAGAUAUAUUGACUGGACUUUGCAACCAGGAUGAAAUACUUUAUUCGUUAUGGCAAUUCUUAUGCACGUUGGGACCAAACUGUGGACUGAAAGCUUUCCUCGAUCUCUUAGCGCUGAACACUAAAGCUUCAGCGCCAGAAUUUCAAAUGCUCAUUCUAUUCAGCGAUUGCAUGACACAUUAUGUUACGAUAUUAGAUGACAUGGAGAUGUAUGAAAAGCAGGAUCCUUUCAAAUUGCAAGACUUUAUUAACAUGUCACACUUUUUGAACAUGUUCAUCUACAAAUCGAUCAUAGGACAAUUGUUUGACCUAAAGACAAUCCAGAGCAAUGAGGUUUUCUCGUCUCUACACACGCUGCUACUGGCGUUGUAUCGCCGCGACUGUCGCCGAGCUUACGCUCCGGUCCAGCACUGGCUUAUUCGGGAAAUAAGAGACACACAAUUCAUGGCCGACCUUGAGAAGGGCAAGAAACCACAGCAGGUUCUGGUGCAAAAAACCCCACAUAUGAUUGCCCACGGAGAACGGGUGAGGCUGUUCAGACGUGCUGUUGCAGAUGAAAAGGUAGUCCUAGGUCUAACAGAACGCGCGUGCGGCGGUCGAUCGACACUGGUAACGGUCCGGAGAACUAGACUGGUGGAAGAUGGAUAUCGACAACUUGCGUUGUUACCUAGUAGGGCGUUCAGGGGCGUCGUGCGAGUGCGGUUCAUCAACGAGCAGGGUUUGGACGAAGCCGGCAUCGACCAGGAUGGCGUGUUCAAAGAGUUCCUAGAAGAAACUAUUAAACGCGUUUUCGAUCCGUCACUAAACCUCUUCCGCGUGACGAGUGAAGAGCGUCUUUACCCGUCUCCGACGUCAUGUCUGCAGGAGAACCAUUUGCAACUGUUUGAAUUUAUCGGGCGCAUGCUUGGGAAAGCUGUUUAUGAGGGAAUCGUGGUGGAUGUGCCAUUCGCUUCUUUCUUCCUGAGUCAGGUGUUGGGGCAGACGCAACAAGCGCUUUAUAGCUGGAUCGAUGAGCUGCCUUCUCUGGACCGCGAUCUCUACCGCAGUCUGACCUAUAUCAAGCACUUUCAGGGUGACAUUUCAACGCUGGAACUCACGUUUUCCGUGGAUGAAGAAAGACUGGGCGAGAUUGUGACACACGAGCUUGUUCCCGGCGGAAAAGCGAUACCCGUUACGAAUGAAAACAAAAUAAACUACAUUCACUUGAUGGCACAUUUUCGGAUGCACACGCAAAUAAAGGAUCAGACGAAUGCUUUCAUCAAGGGAUUUAGAACUAUAAUUAAUCCGGAAUGGCUUUCAUUAUUCUCUACACCAGAGCUGCAACGGUUAAUAAGCGGCGAUAACGUUCCACUGGACCUGCGCGAUUUACGUCGACACACUCAAUACUACGGCGGCUUCCAUGAUUCGCAUCGCGUGGUCUGCUGGCUGUGGGACGUUCUGCAGAGGGACUUUACCGAGAACGAGCGUGCUAUGUUUCUUAAGUUCGUGACGUCAUGUUCCAAGCCUCCGGUCCUAGGUUUCGCGCACCUUAAGCCUCCAUUCUCGAUCCGGUGCGUCGAAGUUGGUGAUGAUGAAGACACCGGUGAUACUAUAGGUAGUGUCAUACGCGGUUUUUUCACAAUCAGAAAGAAAGACCCACUCAAUCGACUGCCAACUUCGUCGACGUGUUUCAACCUACUAAAGCUACCGAACUACCAAAAACGAAGCACGCUACGUGAUAAGCUGCGAUACGCCGUCAACAGCAACACUGGCUUCGAACUCUCCUAGUCACUGUUAUUAUGGUUUGCUACCGAAAACGUUAUUAUUUUUGAAUACUUAAAAACAUGCGAAUUUUUAAAUGCAUGUUGGCAACACUGAAUGGUUUAAACUCGUGAGUUACAUAACGGGUGUAGAAAAUUUGUAAAGCGAUGUCCUAUUUCGGAAACCGAUUAUUUAAAAAGGGUCUCAAACAAUCCCAUGAUAUUGAAAGAUGGACGACGAAUUUAAAUUGUUCCCUUGCGGGAAAUCCCCGCAUUCUCAACUUUUAUUACUAUUUACUUCACGGAGAUUUCCCGACUUAUCGACUAAUGAAAAUUCGCUUUGGAAUUUUAACAAAAGAAUAGUAGUGCCAUUUCUGUUGUACACCAAUUCUUAACUGAAUUGAUAGGUUUAUAAGUACUUCACUAUCACUACCCCAAUUUUAUGUUAAAAUUCAAUUGAUUUCAUUUGGUUAGUUAAUGAAUUGUAUACAACAAAAAUAAUCGUAAGCACCAUUGUAUUUGAAAUCGUCACAUUAUUUUUUAAGGAUUAGAUAUGGUCACGUUAAAAUCCUUAUUUAAGAGUCUCUAAUCUUGCCAGCUCUGCUCAGAGAUCUGGCAGACAGAAGUGUAGAAGAAUAUCAGCUUUAACGAAACGUCUAUAAGUUCCAUUUUACUCUUCUCAUAAUAGUGUCAUGUUACUCGAUAGCUCCGUCUCUCUCCGACCGCUGGCACUAUGAUACAAAUAAGAGUUGUGAAACAUGCGAAUAAAUAUUAUAAUUCUAUUUUACACAGACCCUAGAUACUUGUGUAGUAAAUGAUCCUUUAGACAUUGUGUUAAAUAUCGACAAAUUGAAAUAAUUUUCGUACGUACCCGUGUUACUAAAUAAACGACUAACCAAUAAUGUAGGCCAUGCUUAUUGUCAAAACAAGAAAAUACAAACGAAUUUAAGGAAAUUGAAGAAUUAGCGAACUCAGUCCAAAAUAACUAAUAGGUGUACAUAGACAAUAAACUUUUUGUUUUAUAUGUAAGUUAUCUGUAUAUAGAUGCAGUACGCGUCACGAAAGUUGAAUAACUUGCAAGUAAGAGCAUGUUUUUUUUUAAAUUAUAAUCGACUGAAUGUAAAUUAUAGCAUUGUAAUGUGAUGUGAUUUAAUGUGACACGAAUC